AUGGCCACCCCUUUCCCUUCCCCAGAGGCCGCGCCCGCUAACGGCGCUUCCUCCGCCUCCCCUGUCACUCCCGGUUCCGCCGCCAGUGACAACAUCGCCACCGUCAUUGCUGCUGCUCUGUCCGCUUUACCUACGACUCCCGGCCCCGCCAACACCGACGCCUCUGGCGUUCUCCACGAGUGCUGUGGCAAGGGAUGCACCGUCCGGCUGUGCGAGGGCUGCGCCAGGGGCAAUAUUUGGCAUACCCAGCACCGCACACAUUUCAUCGAUGCCAAAAAAUGUGACUGGCAGAUCAGAAAGCCCUCGCCGAAGCCGAGGACCUCUCUGCGCGCUAGACAGGUCCGACGUCGUGUGGGAAGGGGAACCCCGCCUGCCUCCCGGAAGCGUGUACGUUUUGUUGGUCUGGAGGACGACGAUGAGGCUGAGAAGGGCAACCGUCCCGCGAAGCGGCCUCAGGCUGAGCCUCCUCGACAACUGGCUCCCAAGCCUGUCGCCCAAAUGGGCCAAGUCUACGAGCCGUUGAGCACUGGUCGCACCCCGUUGCCGAGCAUGCAUCCUCCUCGAUGUACCGCCGGGCCCUCUCUGUUGCGCAAUUCAGACUCUUACACGCGUGGGGCAGGUCCACAGGUGAAUUGA